CGUUGAAGAGGACGAUUCAGAUGAACUGUAUUUGUCUGACAGUCAAGAAUUAGAUGAAGACAGCACUUCAUUGCGUAACAAACCAGUGAUGGCAUCAGAUUUAUCUCUUUGUGAACCGGAAUUUACCACAGAAUCACUACCAAAAAGUGGUUCACAAUCGAGUGGACAAUCCCUCACAGAUGCGAUGGUUGAUCCAACUCUUGAGGAUUUGAACGCUUCCGUUGAUGACAAUCAAAGUGUGAAAACCACUGCAACUGAAAGCGACAAGAAUUUUGAAUCAAUUUGGGAGACAUUCAAUGAUUUCAAACAACGAAUGAAUACAUCGAUUGCUAUGGAAAUAGAUGUUUGCGAUGAGAAUGACUUGAAUUAUGAAUCAAAUAAGACUGAAGAGGAAGACUCGGAGAAUGUGAAGCCAAUGAACACAUCGAUUGCUGUGAAUCCGAUUAGUAACGAUUUUAAUGGUUUGGAUUGUGGAUCAAAUGAUGGAAAUAUCGCUGAAGAGGACGAUCUAGAUAUGCAUUUUCUGGACAGAGAAUCAAAUGAAACAAACACUCCAUUGAAUACCAAACCACUGAUGGCGUGGGAUUUGUGUCUCUUUGAUCCGUUAACCAACAAAGAGUGGCCACAAACAAGUGAUUCCGUUGUGAGUGGACUACCGCUCGACAAUGUGAUGACUGAUCCAACGCUUAAGGAUUCAAACGCUUCUAUUCUUAACAACCAAUGUUUGGGAACCUCAGCAAAUGUCGACUACACCACAUUCAUUGAGACCCCGAUUAGUGGUUCCAACAAUUUCUAAAGCAUUUUACGGAAGCAUUUAAUAAUCCAUUGGAUUCUGACCUUACAUUCAAAGUGGAAAACAAAUGCAUUUAUAGCCACAAAAUGAUUCUUAAGAUUCGGUGCAAAAGGUUUUGGGAAACAGAAUGUCAACAGAAUUUGAUGAAUGAGAAUGAGAUCCAUAUUAAGAGCUAUUCUUAUGAGACAUUUGUAUCACUUCUCAUGUAUUUCUAUGGACUCACUCCCGAAGUCAAUGACAACAACUGCACACAACUGCUAAAGUUGGCCAAAGAAUACAGGGAACUGGAGC